CCCACUUGCUACUCCAAAAUAUAUUAGUAACUUUCUGCUAGUGCCCACUAAAACACACACUGUUCAAAUCAUUCAUUUUUUUCAACGAAACAAUGUCUCACGUUGUAUUUCCUACGUAGAAUCCCAUGAUUGCAAUUUGCAUCCCAUAUAAAAGAGGAGACUACUGAAUGGGCCUGACUGAAGAGACAACCAGUGCUACCUGCUCAGUUGGGAAAUGGAAGCUCUGUUGCCUUCACCUGCAAGCUUUUCACAACCCAAAAUAGCCCACAUCCUUCACCGCCAUUCAACAAGCCACCAUGUAAUUCCUCGCUGUGUGAAAAUAGAAACCCAUCGUCGUCCUCCAUACCGGCCAAUACCCAACAUGACAAACAUCAUCACAUCAAUCAGACCUUCAUCCUGGCAAUCCCUGAUCUCGAGCUUUUGCAAUGCUGUCGAUGACUUCAUCGACGCAAAACUCGAAGCACCGCUCGGGCCAGACGUCGAUCCGAAGCGCGUAUUGGCCGGCAACUUCGCUCCAGUGGACGAGAUCCCGCCCACAGAAUGCAAUGAACUGGAAGGACAAAUCCCACCCUGCUUGAAAGGGGGCCUUUACAUCCGCAACGGACCCAAUCCCCAAUUCCCCCCGUCAUCCGGUUACAACCUCCUGGACGGUGACGGGAUGAUCCAUGCCCUCGCCUUCCACAAAGAUGGAUCACGAAUUACUCUCUCUAGUCGCUACGUGCGCACCCACAAACACUUGGAAGAAGAGUUUGCGGGCAGGCCCAUUUUCCCUAAUGUAUUUUCUGGCUUCCGCGGUUAUGCUGGCAUGGCUAGAGUCGCCCUAACUGCGCUGAGAGUGGCCUUGGGCUUGAUCGAUCCGGGCAAAGGUGUGGGAGUGGCGAAUACAAACCUUUUGCUCUUCAACAACAAGCUCUUUGCGCUCGGCGAAUCAGGGCUGCCGCACGAACUGCACGUCACGCCUGAUGGAGACAUUCAAACAAGCGGAGCCUUCGAUUUCGGGGGGAAAUUGAUGACACGCAUGACAGCGCACCCGAAGAUCGAUCCCCGCACGGGCGAGCUCUUUGCUUACCGCUAUUCCAUUCUUUAUCCUUUUCUUCAUUUGUUUAGGGUGACGGCAGAUGGGGUGAAGCAGCCCGACGUAUCGAUUUCUUCCAUGGGCAAAGCUUCCAUCAUCCACGACUUCGCCAUAACGAGCAGGUACGCAGUGUUUCCCGACAUUCAGAUUGUUUUGGACCCUGCGCACAUUUUUAAAGGAGCGAAUGGUACUGCCGUCUACUUUGAUCGCUCAAAAGUGAGCAGGAUCGGAGUGAUUCCCCGCUAUGCCACCAAUGGGUCUGCAAUCAGAUGGUUUGACGUUCCGGGUCUCAACUUCUUGCAUACUUUGAAUGCAUGGGACGAGGAUGGGGACGAGAUCGUGCUCAUCGCCGUCAAUUUCUCUCCGGCCCAAAAUUUCAUGGAAAAGGUGUCUGCGAUGCAUUUCACAGUGGAGAACAUUCGCAUCAAUCUGAAUUCGGGCAUAGUGGUGAGAAAGCCCGUGUCGUGCCGGUCUCUUGAGUUUGGGGUGAUCAACCAGCGGUUCGUGGGGAAAAAGAAUCGAUACGCUUACAUGUGCAUGGCUGCUGCAUGCGCACCUGUUCCGCAAAUGGGCGGAGUUGUCAAGCUAGAUUUUGACGCUCCAGAUGGUGUGGUUGCGUGCACGACAUUUGGGGAAGGAUGUUUCUGCGGCGAGCCAUUCUUUGUGCCACGUAGUAAUGAUCCCUGCUCUGAGGAGGACGAUGGAUAUAUUGUGGUCUUAACGCACAAUGACAAUACGCAGAUUUCCAAAUUUGUGGUGAUGGAUGCGCAGUCUCACACGUUGGAAAUCGUGGCGUCUGUGAAGCUUCCACAGAGGGUUCCCUUUGGCUUCCAUGGCCUCUUCCUAUCUGCCAAAGAUUUGGCUGCUACUCAACGAGAUUGAUUCAUUAUUUGGGUCUCUCUUGUUGGUUUGUAAUGGCCCUUGGGGCAUACAGGUAGAAGGAUAAAUAUCUCUUUGCCUCAGUAUUACAAUAGAAGAAAAGUAUCUUCAUUAACAUUGUUUUAUUGUUCUUUGUGAUGGGGAAUUA